GCUCCACGUGUGUUGCACUUCCACAGGUCAGACUCGGCUCGACCCUGAAGCUGCUCCGUCGGCGCGCCGCCUGCCCCGCGGCCGCAUCCACCGACAAAAGCACCAGACGGGACACCCGGCCGCACGCACGUCUCCUCCAGCCCCCCUCCUGGCCGGCGGCGAUGAGCGGCGGGCUUCCGGGUUUCCGUACGCAACACAAUGCGCCGGUGUCGAGGGCCGUGGUCGUCGCCGCCGCGCUCUUCUCCGUCCCCUUCGGCCUCCGCUCCCGCUUCCUCGACCUCGGCCUGUCCCACCAGAAUCUUUACGGAAAUCUGCGGAUAUGGAGGGUGAUUGCCUCAUUGUUUGCCUUCUCGUCAUCGCCUGAGCUUAUCUUUGGAGUGGCCUUGCUCUAUACUACUUCAGGGUGUUCGAGCGUCAGAUAGGCUCAAACAAGUAUGCUGUAAGUAAGAGGAAAGUAAGAGCCUGAUCGGACUCCCUCCGGCUCCAAACAAGUAUUCUGGAGCGGAGCGGCAGCCAGUUAUAAUUUAUGAAGCGGUUAGGCCUUGUUCGGAGCCCCA